ACUUUCUUUUUUCUUUUUCUUAUGGAGAAGUUUCACUGUGUUUUUUUCAUGGUCCCUUUAAAGGCCCUAGUCUUCAUAUAGCUUAUUUGAUUUAUUUAUUUUUUUCUUAAUUACUAGACUCUUUUCUUGAUUCCUAUCAACUCCACUAACUUUAUUGUUGCACCUUUUGAACUUAUCAAACUAUCGAUAACAUAAUAAUAAUAAUAAUUGUUUGAAAUAAAAAAGAAAAUGAAUAGAUUUGUACAAAUUGCUUUGUUUUGUAAGAGGUAAUGUAAGCAUGUAAAAAAUCACAUCCGUAGAUUCUGGAUUCAAAAUUAACUUCUUCCUCCCUCAUUCAUAGGGAUCCGAGCCUUCUCCCCUUCUCUACAAUUACCCUCAGCUUCUUCCAAUUCCCCCAAAUCCCAUCUUUUUCCCGUAAAAUAUUAAUACUCUUCUCCUUCUUCUUCUUCUACUGGACAACCUCUCUCCCUCUCACCCAUCCAUAACCAUGGAGGAGAAAGACAGAGACCACCACCACCGUCACCACCGUCGCCGCGACUCUCCCACUCCGAUGAAAAAAGCCCAAGUUUUUUACUAUAUCUCCAGAAACGGCCGUCUGGAACAACCCCAUUUUCUCGAAAUCCCUCUCUUCCCCAACCACCCUCUUCGUCUCAAAGAUGUUUUGGAUCGGCUCGCUGUUCUCAGGGGCAACGCCAUGCCUUUCCUCUAUUCUUGGUCCUGUAAAAGGUAUAAAAAUGAAAAAGAGAAAGGAGGAAAAAUAAAAACAGGGGGUUCUCUGUUCUGUAAGACGACAUGUCGUUUAGCGAGUCUCAGGGUUCUUUUUAUUUUUAUUGUUUGGUUUAUUUUAGGAACUAUAAAAGUGGAUAUGUGUGGAACGACUUGUCGGAAAAUGACGUGGUUUAUCCCGCUGAAGGUUAUGAAUACGUUCUCAAGGCAUCUCAACUUGUUGAUCUUCAUGCCUCCUGUGCAAGUACACAUACCCAACAACAACCCAAGGCAACCGGUUCAAGAACCCAACCUCCCAACUAAAACUCGGAAACAGCAACUCGCACCCACUCCACUCCCCCACCACCCACAUUCCGAUUUAGAAUACGACGAAGACGAAGAUUACGAAUACGACGAUGGCGAUAAGAACGCUGGGGAACCCCCGGGACAACUCAGACUCCGACCGAGUCGGCUCGAUGUUCCACUUCGAAACGGUUUGCCUUGAAUAACGACGACGAACUAGGGAUCGAGUCGGGUCCGAGUCGGAAUUCGGUUCUGAUGCAGUUUAUAGGGUGUGGUGGGUCAGUGGGUUCGAAGGGGAAAACCGUGAGAAGAACGGAGAAGGGGAUAGGGAAAGGGGUUGUGUGUAAAAUGGGGGGAAAUAUGAUGAGAGAAGAGGAAAUGAUAAAGUAUAUGUCAGAGAAUCCGAGGUUGGGGAAAUUGCAGAGAGAGGAGAAGGAGUAUUUUAGUGGCUCCAUUGUGGAGUCCAUUAGAGAAGAUCGGCAUGUCAUCCCACCUAUGCUCAACAAGUCCAACUCCUAUAAAGAAGAAAAGAGCAAAAGGGAAGAAUUGGAAGAGAAAAAAGAUGAAGAUGAAGAUGAAGAGAAUGAGAAUGAGAAUGGUGGGAUCAAAGGAAGGUGCCUUCCUCUCAUGAUAUUGACCUCAACCUCAUCAAAGCAACCCAAGAAGCCUUGAAACUCACUUCCAUGCAAACCCCCCACAUUGCUUUUGUUCAAGUUUUGAUUGUAGUUAAAAAUUUUAUGGUGAGCUCCAAAUUUUGUGUUUUCUAAGAGUUUGUUUGUUUUGCACAAUGCUUGCUUCUUGACUACAUAUUUUGUGAUCUCGUGACAAAAAUUUGAAGGGACAAAUACAUCUUAGGUAUAAGGGUUUAAAUGUUUGCUGUUUAUAUGUAUAAUGUACUACUAACAACUACAGUAUACAUACUUCUAUAUUUUUCUUCAUUAA